GAGCUGGGAACAAUUACUUCCUGAAUGAAAGCACAGCUUGGCGCUUAAUGAGACAACGAGGAGCCUGCGAGGUGCUGAUUGGCUCUUCUUCCGAGGGGAAGUUUGUUACAAAUAAAGAUCCUUCUCGAGUUCGGGAGAGUCAGACAAAGGCCGGGCAGCAACGCGGCUGCCUCGUGGGCUUGGACUGAAGAUGCAGAAAAUGUGUCAGAGAAAGCCCAGCCUGUCUCGGCCGCUGAAAAUGAAACGGCACGCGCCUCCCUUCCCGUUGAUCUUCGUUAUCUACUGCGUUUGCACCGCAAGAUUCACCUCAGGAUUUCCACAGCCCUUUGAUGACUAUCUAGGCGAAUCAGACAUUCCUAAAAGCAAGAUCUGCCAUUCUGUUAUGGAUCUUUGUAACUCCAUGUUUAAUAGCAUGCAGAUAGAUGAGGAAAAUAAUCAGGAAAUAUAUAAAAGAUUUUUAUUUCACUACUCCAGAGCUCAAGAUCCAACAUAUCCACUUAAAACCGGGUCUUUCCCUGUGCAUCCUUUAAUGAGCCUUGCUCCAAAGCUCUCGGAGAGGAGAAUGAAAAGAUUCCUUGAUCCUGAAUCUCAGCUCACAGCUGAAGAAUUCGGAAAGAAGGUAGGCUUAAAAUGCUGGCAUUAUCAUGCACAUGUGUUACAAACAUCUCCCAAUGCUCAGUUAAUUUGUUUUGCCACCCUGUGAGCUGUCUGGGUCAGCAUAUCA